AAUAUUAUCCAAUCAUUUUAUUUCUUGGCUUUAAUAUAGUUGAUCCGAGGCAACAACCUUUGUUGUGACCUGAUUUCGAUUUCGUCAUAACCCCUCACCAAGCCAUCUCUGCAAUUCUUUGUUUUCGAAAAAUUACUUCUACAACACGAAAUUUUCAAACUUGCUCCAUCUAUUCAAGAAUAAAAGUAAAAAACCUGACAUCCAAGCAGAAUGUCUUCAGAUUCAGAUAGUACGCCCAUGCCAACUGGCUCUUCCAAACCUCAAGGAGAGACCAUGCCCGGUGAUUUCACCUCAGCCGAAAGGGUCAAACCCUCACAGCCUGACGUUCACCGACUCAAAGUCGGCGAUGAGCAUCGCGACAGUCCAAUUUCUACACCAGACAGCAUGAAAGUCGAAACUGGUAGCGAAGGUAAUGGUACUGCGGAACCAGUCAGUCCUCACGAGGACACACGCGCGAAACAAAAGGGCGAUGAGGAUAACAGAAGCGAUGAAUCGUGGGAAGAGGUGAAACAUGAGGGUACUCAAGCUACGGGAGAAGCAGCACAGGAUAGCAGGCCGGUGUGGGUGGGUCACAGUGCAGCGGAGAGUGCGACACAGGAGGAGGAGGGGUUGGGAGAGGAUAUUGCGCCGGAGUUUCGACCAAGGACGCCGAGACCUUAUAAUUUGCAUGGUGAAUGAUCAAGAGAAUCAGGAUUGUAGCAAGAAUAAUGAGGGUGUCAGGCAAUAAUGGUAUCAAUACGCAAGGUCAUUUUGAAGGAGUCAUUUAAUUUUUGCCGUCAGCGUAUUCAUCUCAGCGACGAGAUCUCCUUGCAGGAAUAGUUCACGGCGUUCGGCAGCUAUAGUUAAAUGAAAUAGCAAUCAUGCUCUGCUUUAUUUUGAAAAAAUUUUGAACAUUUUCUCUGGAGCAAGAACAUGGUGCAAGUCGGGCUGGAAGUUGUCGGUUC